AUGACAAAAUUGGGAUCAGCUGGGAAGAGGGAACGUCAACUGACGAAAUGCCUCUAUCGGUAUAGGCAGGUCGAUGGAGUGCUGUGGGACAGCCCUUAUGUACACUGUGAAGUGUUGCUAAUAACAGUACUUGUAGUGGAAGGGAUUGCUGUGGCCCAAAAGACCCAAGAUCCAGACUUUACUUACCUUGGAGAUUGCCAGUUUGAGCUCUCAGGAGCUGAUGGAAUAAUACGUUCUAGCCAGGUAGAACAAGAAGAAAAAACAAAGCCUGGGCAAGCAGUUGAUUGCAUAUGGACAAUUAAAGCUACCCCAAAAGCUAAGAUUUAUUUGAGGUUCUUAGAUUACCAGAUGGAACACUCAAAUGAAUGCAAGAGGAAUUUUGUAGCAGUCUAUGAUGGAAGCAGUGCUAUUGAAAAUCUGAAGGCCAAGUUUUGCAGCACUGUGGCUAAUGAUGUAAUGCUGAAAACAGGAGUGGGAGUGAUACGGAUGUGGGCAGAUGAAGGUAGUCGGCUUAGCCGGUUUAGGAUGCUCUUCACUUCCUUCGUGGAACCUCCCUGUACAAGCAGCACUUUCUUUUGCCAUAGCAACAUGUGCAUCAACAAUUCUUUGGUCUGUAAUGGUGUUCAGAACUGUGCAUACCCUUGGGAUGAGAAUCACUGUAAAGAGAAGAAGAAAGCUGGACUAUUUGAACAAAUCACUAAAACUCAUGGAACAAUUAUUGGCAUUACAUCAGGGAUUGUCUUAGUUCUUCUCAUUAUUUCUAUUUUAGUACAAGUGAAACAGCCCCGGAAAAAGGUUAUGGCUUGCAAAACUGCAUUUAAUAAAACUGGGUUCCAGGAAGUAUUUGAUCCUCCUCAUUAUGAACUAUUUUCACUAAGAGAGAAAGAGAUUUCUGCAGACCUGGCAGAUUUGUCAGAAGAACUUGAUAACUACCAGAAGAUGCGGCGCUCCUCCACGGCCUCCCGGUGCAUUCAUGACCACCACUGUGGAUCUCAAGCAUCCAGUGUCAAACAAAGCAGGACCAACCUCAGUUCCAUGGAACUUCCCUUCCGAAAUGAUUUUGCACAACCACAGCCAAUGAAAACAUUUAAUAGCACCUUCAAAAAAAGCAGCUACACUUUCAAACAGGCACAUGAGUGCCCUGAACAGGCUCUAGAGGACAGAGUGAUGGAGGAGAUCCCCUGUGAAAUUUAUGUCAGAGGGCGAGAUGAUUCUGCACAAGCAUCCAUAUCCAUCGACUUCUAA